GUGUUUUUUGCUGUUGUGCAUGGAGUUGAGCAGUUCAGAAGCGACUAUAAGUACGCAGACUCCGACAACAAUUCUCCUCUUUCUUUUCUCUUCAUUUUCCCUCCAACUUACUUCCACUGACCAUCCUUCCACUUCUCCUGACAACAGAUACGUCUGUCCCUCUCCACUCUUUGUCUGUCUGAUCCUCAUCAUUCACAUUGAUACCAUAUUUACACUCUGAUUCAGGAUCAAGGCUUUCUUUACUCAUCUUUUAAUCAAGCAAAUUCUUCAUAUCCCUUUUUUAACCACCCUGAUCGUCGUUGGAGAUCUUCCUUUCUUUCUGAUCUAAUUUAUCGAAUAAUUAUCAAACUUCAUACACAUACUUCCUCCCUCUACCGUCAUGGCCACUCAAACCCCGACAAUGCAUCAUGACAAUGCCUCACAAGUCACAGAGCUCUCUGAUGUCAAAGUGGUCUCGAGGCAAGCCUCUGUACGAUCCAUCAAGCAAAAGCGCAUGUCUAUCCUUGACAGCGUCAUCUUCUGUUCACUCCUCUGUGUGAUCGGUGGUGUCUCGACCGCAUCUCAAGGAGCCAUCAACGCCCAGCUGGGCAAAUAUACUGGCCAGGGACUGUCCUCCACAAUUGUUUUCUGCAUUGGUGCUCUUACGUCCUGCCUCUACUUCUUGAUCGAGGUACGAGGCCGUCCACCAUCCAACCUGAUGUUGAUGAUGUCGAAGGCCCCAUGGUGGUCUUGGACAGGAGGUGUUUUGGGAGCCACAUUUGUGAUCAUCACUAUCUUGUCCAUCCCCAAGUUGGGCGCCGGCACCACUACUGCAAUUAUCAUCUCUGCAAAGUUGAUCUUUUCUUGCAUCAUUGAUCACUUCCGGUUCUUUGGAAUCCCUUACAGAAAGUAUACUUGGCAACGCAUGCUGGCCACCGUGGGCUUGGUCGGGUGCGUUGCUGUUAUUUCCCAAUUUUAAUAUGAAAGAAAGAGGGACCUUUUUUGUAUUUUACUUUUGUAGUUUUCUCUAUUUUUCUCCCUUGAAUAAUAUCCAGAUUUUAGUUUUAUUUUUUAUUUUUUUUUUAUUCAUAUGUAAAUAUAUAUCUAUUUAUCAAUGGAGAGAGUAAAGGACCUUAAAUCCUCAGAAGCAAUAAAAAAAGAACGCUCUUG